AUAUCCUACAGAAUAAUGUCAGCGUGCAAGUACAGGACACUGCCCACAUGGCCAGCUGUCGGCACAAUGUUGCCCUAAAAUCGGAUUGUCCAAAACACAGCUUGAAUACAUAGUGACUGAGAGUAAUAGUGGAAAUCAAUUUUCGAUCACGUGUGUGUGUGUGGUGUGUAUGCGGAUAUGAAACCUAUGAUCGCGGAUGCCAACACGAUAUUCGCCUUGAUCGGUUUGCCAGCACGUGGGUAACCCAACCAUAGGAAAAAAUCAGCGAGGUAGGAACAUUCAAAACCGCUUUCCAAGAAACGAAAGUGAAAGCCAUUUCCAGGAAAACCCAGGGCGUCACGAUUAUGACGAGUUGUGCAAUAAAACAUACAACACUGUAAUAUUACAACGCAGUACACCGACUAACACCAUACCGCCAGUACAGGAGUCAGAGUACAUCCUACAAGACACUGCUAACAUAGUACGUCUGAGGAGAUUUCAGGAUGCCAACACACCCGCCGGGUCCUGAGCCGCUCCUGAAGGGGAUGAAGCGAGGACAGACCAUUUCCCAGUUCAUGGCAGAAGGGGUUCCAUUUGACAUCAAUAAGUGUCACGAGUUGAUUGAGCGAUUAAUUCGGUUUCUAAAGGAGAACGUGCCUAUCAGUGUAUCGAAGGUCGUCAAGGGAGGAUGUAUAGGAAAGAACACAUUAGUAUUCACCCCCUGCAAUGUGGAUCUGUACGUGUUCAUCAAUGACCUCAGCUCCGUGCAGGAUAUGAAAUUUAAAACUAGACGCAUCCUUGACAUUAUAAGAGCCAAGUUGGAUUCUUCUGAAUUUGUUCCUCGCUAUGGGGUUAUAGAGUUUAUUGACUAUACACCUCACUCGAUGACAUUCCACCUGAACUGUCAGGAUCUGGGCCAGCAACACAUCAUGGAAGUAUUCCCUGCAUUUGACGUCUUGAAAUACAAGAACGUUCACGACGUGUACAUGGACAUGAGUGAACUUCCUGAUGCUGACAGAGACUGCUACUCCGUGUGUCUGGCAGAAAUGCAGAUAGACUUCAUCAGACAGGCGCCGACCAAAGUAGGGUCUCUCAUUAAAAUUAUGAAGUACUGGCUGAAGGAGGAGGUCAACGUGGAUGUUAAGAUCACCAGCUACUACUUGAUGGAGCUUCUGGUCAUGCACAGAUGGCAGCGGGCUGGACAACCAAGCGACUUCGACAUGUUUGACUGGUUUGAGGAGAUUAUGAUCCAGUUGUAUGACCUAGAGUCUCUUGGUAUCGAGUGGGAGAAGAAGUACACUACGACCAAGUACCGAGCUAUCCCACCUCGACCUUUCGUCAUGGAUCCAGCAAACCCUUUCAACAAUGUCCUUCCAGAGCCCAGAUACCGCCAGCAGUUGAUGCGAUGUGCUAAAGCAGUAGUCGGUCGUAGCCAGGCCCUCAGGAAGUACCUGAAUCACGGCUCCGCGCCCAUCAUUGAAGGCAUGGGUAGGAGGCAGACACUGCAGCAGUUCGUUCAGGACACCAUACAGCCGAGCAGUGACUUCCGCCAACAGUGUGACCGUGUCGUGGAGCGUGUCACGUACUUCCUGCAACAUCACACGACACUCAGCGUCUCAAUGGUUGUCAGGGGAGGUUCACUGGGAAGGAGCACGAAUGUUCAUGGAAAGUCGGACGUCGAUCUGGUCGUGUUCAUCAACGAUGUCAACUCGAUCCAACAAUUGGAGGCCAAGAUGGACGCCAUCCUGGACAUCUUGCACAGUGCGUUUGAAAAAAGUUGGACAGAGUUUGCAGGAACGCUAGAGUUUGCGGGCCGAUCAGACCGCAGUCUGCAGUACAAGCUUAGCUGUGGUGCAUCUGAUCACAUCCAUGAUGUCGACAUUCUGCCAGCUUACAACAUCCUGGGAGUUAAAACGUGUUUGGAGGCGUUCAACGAGAUGAAAGACAAGACUGAGAAACAAAGGAGAUUCUACUCACCGUGCUUCAUUUUGGAACAGCAGGAAUUGGUGAAAACAGCGACUGUCAAAAUCAAGAAUCUGGUGCGACUUGUGAAAUACUGGGCGAACAGAGAAGUCAACAGACAAGGGAAAGUUAUGAGGUCAUUCUUCCUCGAGAUAGUAGUUAUCUCCCUUUGGAAGAAUCGUAGAUCCCCGUCUGACUUCAACACCAACGAUUGGUUCAAGGACGUCAUGACCCAGCUGGCCGAUCUGACGUCACUGCGGAUACUCUGGCCUGAAAGAUUCAACGUGGCCUUGUACUAUGACAUUAACGAAACAAACAACCCGGUUGUACUGGAUCCAGCAAACCCCUACAGCAACCAAGCACCUUUGGCGAAACACCACUCCCUGGUGAUGACCUGUGCCCAGAAUGUCCUGCACAGAUUAGAGGCAUCUCUGAAGUACAGAACUGGGCACGAAUGAAACAUAUCCAUUGACGGAUGUGGAAAUUAUUGAUAAACUGUCCCGCAUAUUCCACAACAUUUCACUGAAGAUUCUUGGUAUGCUUUAGAAUAGAUUGGAUGUUAAAGGAAAAUUGGAACUCAACUGAUAUCAUAUAUAGGUAUUCACCUAAGUUCAUCUACGGUUGUAUCCAGAUGAACUGAGCCUUAUAUUCAAGCGCAAAAAAACAUUUGUUUCGUAUGCAAAUGUGAUGCAAUGUACAUGAGUACUGAAUCCUAGCGAUGUCAUGUUCGUUGUUGAUAUUGAAUUCCAUACAAAGUCCCUUUGCUGUGAUUUUAAGAAUCCUACGGUUUUCCUAUUCAUCAAACCAAAAUGUAGAUGUAAUGGUGUGUUCACUUAGACGUUUUCGAUUUGUUUUUACAUUUUCAAUAUAUUUAUACUAUUCUAGGUGUUUUGUUUGUAACGUAGGUUUGAUCUAUGACCUCGCGAUAGAAAAAUUAUGUAAGUUCGGAUAAAUUAUUUCAUUGAGGUAGUUGGAUAACACUGUGUAGUAUUUAUUCAGGUCCUUUCGUUGAUCAACUAUUUAGGGUUACCAAUUGGAAGUGUUCGGGCAUCAUGUCAGGGGUUGGAAUCUCCACUUGGAUACAAUUUAUGAAGCCGUUUAUUUUGGAUAAUGCUGGAAUUGUUGAACUGUGCUUCUAUCAUGGCAAUCAUAUUAAAUAUAAUGAUUAAUUUGGUGAAAUCGCAUUGCCAGUCGUUCAAGGAAUGUCCCUCCAUCUCACUCCAUCAUACAGACGACAUCACAGAUAUCUGCCCAAAUAAUUACUCACUCUAAUGGUCACUUUCCCAUGGCGGAUUCAAGAUUCUACUUGUGAGAAGAUUUGAUGGACUAACCUUUGCUGGAAGAUUAUUCUGGUGGGAAGAGUCACUUUUGUGCACUGGCGUUUACUCUUGCGGUACAGUUGUUAUGAACACACAAUUCCAUUUAGAAAGUGUUCAAAUGGAAGAAAGGUUAUAUUUGGGAUAACACUUUAUUUGUAAAGUACAGAUUCUUGUUUUUGGGGGUGUGGGUGUUGGGUGUUGGAUGGUAGGGUGGGUGAGUCCCGUCCGGCAUUCGAACCAACACUGCCAGAGUGAGGCACCUAAUCGCCAGAACACAAAGUCAGCGAUCUUAUCCACUUAGCCACCGAGGCUUCCACAAAAAUGAAAGUCCUACAACUGGUAGUCUAGAUCACGUACUUUGUGUACCCCUCAGACAAGUGUAAAUUGGCACGGCUCCCAUGGCCGAAAGCUAUGAACACACAAUGCUAUUUAGGAGGUUUACCACAGCUUUGGUUCACAAAUAAUUCACAGGAAAUAAAUCAUACAUUUGUCUAUGUAGCAGAGUGUUUCCGCAAUGUGAUGACUUGGGGCAUAUUUCAUGAAACCCUUUACCAUAAUAGUUUAUUGUCGUCAGUAGGUAAUGGAGUUUUACAUUGUUUUGGGAAGAUGAAAUAAAAAGUAUAAAAAGGUGUAAAAACUGUAUUAAAAACAUGUUGUAUUGGUGGCAUUCGUUUAUGGUUAAUUUUUUUUGGUUUUGUUGUUAUGUCAAUUAUGUUGACAUUCAGGUCCAUUCUUUAUCAUUUAUCAAUUGUGUGAUAUUCCAACUACAAGUUGAAAUAUGUUUUUGUUUUCAUUUUGGCUUGUUCACACUAAAAGCGGAUCGCCUCAUUCUGAAUUUGGGUAUUAAACUUGUUUAUCAGGUGACUACGUUUUUAUCACUUACGAUUGGCUAAUUAUUUUCAUUUAUGUAAAUUUGUGCACAGGUAUGAGGGAUGGUAUGAACAUGACACUGUGAAACACAAGGACGGUCAUGUUGUCCCGAAAUCUGGGGCCCAUACAAAGUCUAUUGGGGAAUUUGGGGGCAAUGCUAAUACAGCUCCAAUCACAUGUUUGACAAAACUACCUGUGGCAAUGCAAUAAGCAUUUCUAUUUAUCAUGCAGAUGUUUGAAGCUGCCUGCAUUGUGUUUCACAGAUUCGGUGUGAAAUAUGAUACAGUUCAUCAAACUCAAUUAUUGUGAUACUCAUGAUAGAGUGUAGAGUCAUUGUAUUUUGUUUCUUUUUCAAACUGUUCCCAUAACUUGGCAAAGUCAUAUGACGAAGCUGGUGUUGCACACAGAUAUCACUGGUAAUAUAUCAGAUAGUUCCUGUUAAAAUAGUUCUGUUGUCUCAGUGAGUGUUUCAUAAAUAUAUUUUCAUUACAAUACUGUUCCCAUUUAAAUACCCAUACUGUUAUGAUGAUGUUAUUGAAUUUGUUGAUGCUUUUUUAUAAUCAAGAUAUUUGUGAAGUUAAAUAGCAAUAUGUAAUUUUGACGCCUGACAUGUGUUCAUAUUUGUAACGAGAAAAUGAAACAGUGUUCCCAUCAAAGCUGCUUUUAUGAUCAUGAAAUACUGAAUGUACUAAAUGUCAUUGUUAUAUUGCUACUGAUGUCACAUGUACAGAAUAGCUUAAGAUCAUACACAUGUUCGGGUAAAAUAUGUUGAGUCUUUUUGUUUUGUUUGGAUUGAAUAUUAAUCUGUGGAUUGAAUGUGUUUGUGUUUACUUUCUGUGAAGUUUUUGAUUCGUAAUUCUUUAAAGGUAAGAUUAGUAGAUUUUCAAACUGUGAGCUUACCCAGAAAAAGUAUCUACAGAGAGAUAUUAUUGGGCCCAUGUUUCUGUUUUCACUAUAUUCCAUACAGUUUUGUCGGUGAUAUCAUUUGUCGUUCUGUUCUGACAACGGUCAGUUGAUAAUUUUCAAUUAAUAAAAUUUGUAUAGAUUUAGACAUUUUUUUAAAAAUGUUGGCCCACUCAGAAAAUCCUCCAGAGAUAAAAAUAUGUGGGUCCACAUCUCUGUUUGAUUCACUUUGAUGCUUACAGUUUUGACGGUGAUGUCGUUUGUCGUACUGUUUUAUAUAAUUAGAUAAUUAAGACAAUGAAAUAGACUUCCUUUUCCUGUCUCAGAUAGCACUUCCUUCAACACAAUAUCCUCUAUUUUGUAGAUCACAGUCGAAACAGAUUAUCAAAUGAUGAUUUAUGCGACUACAAUAACGUACUGUAUGGUAUAAACAAAAUCAUUACGGUAAAAUGGCCAUUAUGAAAUAAUUACGUUUAAAUACGAGAGAUCAUGAGAUACAAUUCAAAGGCAGAUUGAUAACUUGUCCAAAAAUAGUUUGUCAACAAGCUGAUUAUAUUUGUAUGUUUCCUACAAUAUUUAUUUCUUGAUUUUAUAAUGGACAAUAUUUUUCCAUUUUGUAAACUGCUUUGGUACUUAUUGGCCGGGGGAGGCCUAUUUACAUGGAUCUUUUGUUGUAUAUUAAUAAUCCUGUUCCCUGUUUGUAGCAUUUUGGAAAUACAUAUUGUCAUAAAAGUCAA